AGAGCCAGCAGGGGCGUGUCCCGGGCUCCAACAGCCCCAGCGGCGGAGCAGAGCAGGUGGACUCCCAGGAUAGACCAGGGGCCACCCGGCGGCCUGUCUGACCUGGACGUCUGCCCUCCAGACAUGGCCCCAGGCCCCCUUGAUCCCCAGCCGGGCGGCCCUGCGGGGGUGCAGACAGCGUAAGCUCCGCCACCCCAGGGCCUGUGCCCAUGUCCCUGCCCGGGGCGCAACGGGCCUCAGGAACAGAGGCCAGGGAGACGGUUGCCCCCGCUGUGGACCUGGUGCUAGGCGCCUCGGCCUGUUGCCUGGCCUGUGUCUUCACUAACCCUCUAGAGGUGGUGAAGACGCGGCUGCAGCUGCAGGGGGAGCUGCGGGCCCGGGGCACCUACCCGCGGCCCUACAGGGGCUUUUUUGCCUCGGUGGCCGCAGUGAUCCGUGCAGAUGGGCUGUGUGGCCUGCAGAAGGGGCUGGCCGCCGGCCUCCUUUACCAGGGCCUCAUGAAUGGCGUCCGCUUCUACUGCUACAGCCUGGCGUGCCAGGCUGGCCUCACCCAACAGCCUGGUGGCACCGUGGUCGCAGGCGCCGUGGCUGGGGCACUGGGAGCCUUCGUGGGGAGCCCUGCUUACUUGGUCAAAACACAGCUGCAGGCCCAGACGGUGGCCGCGAUGGCUGUGGGGCACCAGCACCAUCACCAGAGUGUUCUGGGGGCCUUGGAGACCAUCUGGCGGCAGCAAGGCCUGGCAGGACUAUGGCGGGGCGUGGGUGGGGCCGUGCCCAGGGUCAUGGUCGGCUCCGCGGCCCAGCUGGCCACCUUUGCCUCUGCCAAGGCCUGGGUGCAGAAACAACAGUGGCUCCCGGAGGACAGCUGGCUGGUGGCUUUGGCUGGAGGCAUGAUCAGUAGCGUCGCCGUGGCCGCAGUCAUGACCCCCUUCGACGUGGUCAGCACACGGCUAUACAAUCAGCCCGUGGACGGAACUGGCAAAGGCCAGCUGUAUGGUGGCCUCGCCGACUGCCUGGUGAAGAUCUGGCGGCAGGAGGGCCCCCUGGCACUCUACAAGGGUCUGGGCCCAGCCUACCUGCGCCUGGGCCCCCACACUAUCCUCAGCAUGCUCUUCUGGGAUGAGCUCCGGAAACUGGCUGGGCGGGGCCUGCACCAGGGCACCUAGGGGGCACCCCUCACCCCCAUUUCCCGACACAGCCUGGCACUCGGCAGGAAGCAAUGGCCCGCUCCAGCUGGGAAUGGCCGGCUCAGAGCAGACCACUGGCCUAGACCCUGCCACAGGUCGGAGGAGAGUGUGGACCGCGCUGGUCCCCCCCAGACCCACGGCCCCCCCUCAGGCCAGAGCAUUUGUUCUGGAUGGCCAGCCACUUUGCUGUCCAGCAAAUUCUCUUCCCCCUCUGUACUGGGCUACCUUAUCCCAGAGCCUUACUCAUUAUGAUAAUCGCUGCUCCGGGGCAUGGCCAUCACCUUGAGCUGGGUCGCUUACAAGCAUCAGCUUGCUUAGUCCUCAAACAGUGUGAGACGGUAAAACCCUCUUUUACCAAGAGGAAGCUAAGAACUCAGAAAAGGGAAGUGCUUUGACCAAAGCCACACAGCUCUGAAGUGGCAGAAAGAGGACUGGAAGUUAGCUCUGCCCGGCGCAGGCUGGUGUCCCUGGCAAGAGCCAGGACCAUGAGGGCUGGAGGGCCCCCGACAGUCACUGUGAGGCACCACGAGGCCAUAGUGGACCUCCGACAAGAUGGUUUAAACAACAGAUAUUGUCUCACAGCUUGGAGGCUGGAAGUCAGACAUCCAGGCCAUGAGCGGGGUUGGUUUCUUCUGAGGCCUCUCUCUCUCUCUCUCUCUCCUCUCUCUCCCCUCUCUCUCUCCCCGCUGGCAUGUGGACGGCCAUCUUCCCCCCGGGUCCUCACAUGGUCUUCCUUCUGUGUCUGUGUCCUAAUCUCUUCUUAUAAGGCCCCCAGUCCUGUUGGAUUAGCACCGACCCUAAUGUCCUCAUUUUAACUUAAUUACCUCUUUAGGGACCCCAUCUCCAAUUACAGUCACAUAUAGGGGGUUAGAACUUCAAUAUAUGAAUGUGGGUGGGGGGGACAUAAUGCAGCCUAUAACACCAACUAGAAGCUUUUACUGAGGGCUUCCUAGGUGCCCAGCACUGUGGGCAUCCAGACAAAUCCUCAUGACCGUUCUGAAAGGGGUCUCUGGACAUGCCCAUUCUUCAGAUGAGGAGGCUAAGGCCCAGGGUGGGGAGGGGAUUGGCUCAACGUGAGUAGCAGAGCUAGGUGUCCUCACCCUGGGCCCUUUCCCCAGGCUGCAGCCACACUCCUCCCAGUGAGUGUGUUCCUAAGGCCCACGCUGACCUUUGUGCUUCAGAGAAUGACACCGAGUCCCUGGAAGGGAUAGGACUGGCCCCAGCCCAAGCAGAGCCUAAACCACCUCCCCUGCCAUCCCCCAUGUCUGCUGUUCCCCGGGGGUACCCCACCACACACUCCAAACCAAUAAAGUUUUCUAUUUUGUUUA